CGGGUCUCCCUCGUCGGGUCUGGCGACGGUCCCAGCGCUUCCGGACCCGGGGUCGGAGUGUGCGCAUCGCCACGCGGGAGGGAAAGCUAGGGCAGCCGAGAGGAGCUGGGCGGCUGACCUCGGCCUGGGAGGACGCCGCGGAGGAGCGGGAUGAGCCGAGAUGGAAGACCUGUCCUCUCCAGACCCUGCCCUUCUCCAGCGGGGACGAACUCUCCUCCUGCCAGCCAGCGUCCGGGAAUCUGUGACCUUCACGGAUGUGAUUGUGGACUUCACUCAAGAAGAAUGGCAGCAGCUGGAUCCCGUGCAGAGAGAUUUAUUCAGGGAUGUGACGUUGGAAAAUUAUACGCACCUGGUAUCUAUAGGACUCCAAGUUUCCAAACCUGACGUGAUUUCCCAGCUGGAGCAAGGGACAGAGCCAUGGAUGGUGGAGCCAGGCCGUGCAGCUGGUCCCUGUGGAGACUUGCAGACACAACUUGAAAAUAGUGUGUCAGCCCCCGAACCAGACAUUCCUGAAGAACCAUCUCCACACACAGCAGUGGGAAAACACAGCCCAUGGAGCUGCAGCCUCGUGGGAACUGUGGGGUCAGAAGGCAGCCUCGAGAGGCAGCGGGCAGACCCACUGGCAGUGCCCAGGGAGGUGACGGAAUCGAGCAGGGGGAGCGGACCUGCGCAUAAAGGGUCUGAUACACGUGUCAGUGAGGGUGCAGGUGUUGGAACACGACAAGAGGUAACUCCACAGCAGACAUCUGCUAAAACCGGUGUCAAACAGAAUUCACAUCCAGUUAAAAAAGAGAAAUCUAUUAAGUGCAAUGAAUGUGGUAAAGCUUUUAGUUAUUGUUCAGCUCUUAUUCGCCAUCAGAGAACACAUACUGGAGAAAAACCCUACAAGUGUAAUGAAUGUGAAAAAGCCUUCAGCCGGAGCGAAAACCUGAUAAACCAUCAAAGGAUUCAUACUGGAGACAAACCGUAUAAAUGCGAUCAGUGUGGGAAAGGGUUCAUUGAGGGACCAUCUCUGACACAGCACCAGAGGAUUCACACUGGAGAAAAGCCCUACAAGUGUGACGAGUGUGGGAAAGCCUUCAGUCAGAGGACUCACCUCGUUCAGCACCAGAGGAUUCACACCGGCGAGAAGCCAUACACUUGUAAUGAGUGUGGGAAAGCAUUUAGCCAGAGGGGACACUUCAUGGAACACCAGAAAAUUCACACAGGAGAAAAACCUUUUAAGUGUGAUGAAUGUGAUAAAACCUUUACCAGGAGCACACACCUUACUCAGCAUCAGAAAAUUCACACUGGAGAGAAAACCUAUAAAUGCAAUGAGUGUGGGAAGGCUUUCAACGGGCCUUCGACUUUCAUCCGUCAUCACAUGAUUCACACCGGUGAAAAGCCUUACGAAUGUAAUGAAUGUGGAAAAGCCUUUAGCCAGCACUCCAACCUCACUCAGCAUCAAAAAACACAUACUGGGGAGAAACCCUAUGACUGUGCCGAGUGUGGAAAAUCCUUUAGUUACUGGUCAUCCCUCGCCCAGCAUCUGAAAAUUCAUACGGGAGAAAAACCUUACAAAUGCAAUGAGUGUGGGAAGGCCUUCAGCUACUGCUCAUCCCUCACUCAGCAUCGAAGAAUUCACACCCGGGAAAAGCCCUUUGAAUGCAGUGAAUGUGGGAAGGCGUUCAGUUACCUCUCCAACUUGAACCAGCAUCAGAAAACGCACACCCAGGAGAAAGCCUUUAAGUGUAAGGAGUGUGGGAAAGCCUUCAUUCGGAGUUCCUCUCUCGCUAAGCAUGAAAGGAUUCAUACUGGAGAGAAGCCUUACCAAUGCCACGAAUGUGGGAAAACCUUCAGCUAUGGCUCCUCCCUCAUUCAGCACAGGAAAAUCCAUACCGGAGAGAGACCUUACAAGUGUAACGAGUGCGGGAAAGCCUUCAACCAGAACAUACACCUUACACAGCAUAAGAGAAUUCACACAGGAGCAAAGCCUUAUGAGUGUGCCAAGUGUGGUAAGGCCUUUCGACACUGUUCGUCUCUUGCUCAACAUCAGAAAACUCACACAGAAGAAAAGCCCUACCAGUGUAAUAAAUGUGAGAAGACGUUCAGCCAGAGCUCUCACCUGACUCAGCACCAGCGAACUCACACUGGGGAGAAGCCCUACAAGUGCGGCGAGUGUGACAAGGCCUUCAGCCGGAGCACUCACCUGACGGAGCAUCAGAACACCCACACUGGAGAGAAGCCCUACAACUGUCAAGAAUGCAGGAAGACUUUCAGCCAGAGCACGUACCUCAUUCAGCAUCAGAGGCUUCACUCGGGGGAGAAGCCUUUCGGCUGUAACGAUUGUGGGAAGGCGUUCAGAUACCGCUCUGCUCUCAACAAACACCAGAGGCUGCACCCUGGCAUAUGACGGUGCUGGGGGCAUUGUCAGUGUCUGGGCUGUGUUUGCUUUAGAUAUCAAGAAGCCAAGUGAUUGGGAAACUGCUUAAGACAUUUUAACUUUACUGCAGUGCUGUGAGGUAGAAAAUACCUUACCAGAACUAAUGGUAUUAACAGCUUUGUGACAUUGAGAAACUUAACUAUGUUCCAUUUCACUUUCCUCUGUGAAGUGAAAGAUUUACAGAGGAUUUCAAAUUGCAGAGUUAUGCGUGGAGUUUAUAAUGAGUUUUGUAUGUUCAUAGUGUAUUCCUGCGUAGAUUUACAUUGUCAGCAUUUUAUUGUUGCAUCUGGAGUGUGUGGGAUGCACGCUUCACCAGUAGAAGCCGUCUGCUUCCAGCGCUAGGCUCUGCUUCUGUUCUAACGCACUUAAGUUCUUUAAGUCACAGUUCCUAAUAAAAGGAAUUUGACUAUAAAAUACCCUCAGAUUAAUAAUCCAGUUCAUCUAGUAACCUAACUCAGUAUGCGUAUUAAAAUGUCCUGUUUCUUCUUUGAGUAUUUUUUUUAAGAUUAUUUAUUUGAAAGAGUUAGAGAGUGAGAGACCUUCCCCUGGUUCAUUCCCCCAAAUGGCCACAAUAUCUAGGGCAGGUCCAGGCUACAGCCAGGAGCCAGGAGCUUCCUCCAGAUCUCCCACAGGGGUGAAGGGGCCCAAGCACUUGGGUUAUCUUCCACUGCUUUCCCAGGUACAUCAGCAGGAGCUGGAUUGGAAGUGGAGCAGCUGGGACUCAGACCUGCACCCAUAUGGGAUGCUGGCAUUGCAGGUGGUGGCUUUACCCACUUUACAACAAUGCCACCCCCUUGUGGUGUUUUUAACAUUCUAGGAGUAUAUCAAAACUACAGAGACCUAGGCCGGCGCUGUGGCUUAACAGGUUAAUCCUCCGCCUUGAGGCGCCGGCACACCAGGUUCUAGUCCCGGUUGGGGCGCCGAAUUCUAUCCCGGUUGCCCCUCUUCCAGGCCAGCUCUCUGCUAUGGCCCGGGAAGGCAGUGGAGGAUGGCCCAAGUGCUUGGGCCCUGCACCCGCAUGGGAGACCAGGAGAAGCACCUGGCUCCUGGCUUCGGAUCAGCGCGAUGAGCCGGCCGCAGUGGCCAUUGGAGGGUGAACCAACGGCAAAAAGGAAGACCUUUCUCUCUGUCUCUCUCACUAUCCACUCUGCCUGUCAAAAAAAAAAAAAAACAAAACAAAAAACAAAACAAAAAAAACUACAGAGACCUGCUUACCACAGCUUGAACCAGUAUUACUUAACCCUGGUUGCAUGUUCAGUUCACAGGUGCCUUAGUCUGUACUGCUGCCACAAAAUACCACAACAGAAGUUUAUUGUUCAGAGUUCUGGAAGCUGAGGAAUCUAAGAUUAAGGCACUGGUGUCCGCCAGGGGCCUGCCUGGUUGCACACCAUGUCUCCUCCCAUGCCCUCAUUGUGGAGAGCAGGGAGAGAACGCAGAGCCUCCUGCGUGUUUAUAAGGACACUGAUCCCAUCCGGGAGGGCUCCAUCCCUGUGACCUAGUCACCCCAAGGCUCCCAGCUGCUAAUGGACCACCAUGUUGAGGAUUGGGCUUUCAAUAUAGGGAUUCAGGGAAGACAUUCUCCUUCCAUAACACCUGGAGAACUGUGUAGAUACAUUUUGUUGCUGAGGCCCUACCUUGAACCCUAGUGGUGGGUACUGAGCGUCAGCAUUCAGAACUCCUGGUGUGUACUCUGUAAAGGGCAGUGGCCUUAGAUUUGAGUCUCCACUUCUGUGGCUGCCCCAGAAGGCGCUCAGAUUAGCCAUUCAGUACAUAGAUUACAUCCUUCUGAGUGUUACCCUGUUUUGUACAGAGUUCUCACAAGCUCUGGGAGAUGGGAUAUGUUUGCUUCUUUACCAAAGUGCAAAAAUCAAAUGGCAGUGUAAAAUGAUGGCCAUUGCACUUACUUGGGGUUACCUCGUAUCAGAAGCAGGUCCCAAGUAGAUGACACUCCUGGGAUCCCACAGCCCCAUGGCCAUUUGUGGUGACCCUUGUCAGGAUAACAUUUGAGCCAGAAACAAAGAUGAGGUCAGCAAUAAAUUUUUCAGAAUAGUCUAGUUAUCAGGUCACCUCUUUUAAGAGUAAUUGUUGGGGUCAGCGCUGUGGCAUACUGGGUAAAGCCACCAUCUACAGUGCUGGUAUCCCAUAUGGUCGCCAGUUCAAGUCCUGACUGCUCCACUUCUGAUCCAGCUCUACUAUGGCCUGGGAAAGCAGUGGAGGAUGGCCCAACUCCUUGGGCCUCUGCACCUGUGUGGGAGACCUGGAAGAAGCUCUUGGCUCCUGGCUUCAGAUCGGUGCGGCUCCAACUGUUGAGGCCAUUUGGGGAGUGAACCAGUGGAUGGAAGACUUCUCUCUCUGCAUCUCCAGCUGUUGAGGCCAUUUGGGGAGUGAACCAGUGGAUGGAAGACUUCUCUCUCUGCAUCUCCUCUCUGUGUAACUCUGACUUUCAAAUAAAUCAUUCUAAAAAAAGGAGUGCUAAUUGUCCAGUCUG